AUGGCUUCAAGUUCUAACGUCUGGACUUGGGCAGAAAACAAGCUAUUUGAAAAUGCGCUUGCUAAGUAUGACAAGGACACCCCUGACCGAUGGCAAAAUAUCGCAAAGAUCACUGGCAAGACUGUAGAAGAAGUCAAGAUUCAUUACAAAAGGUUGGUUGAUGACCUGAAUGCUAUCGAGGAUGGGCAAAUUCCUCUGCCAGACUAUGAAAAGACUGAAGCGAAAGCAUGCACUAAGCCAGAUGAAAAGAAAUAA